UCGAAAGUCACCAAGAGACUGUCUCCAGAAACACUCGAGCUGAUACGCCAGCGUGGAAUCGCACGAGCUGCAGGCAACCGCGAACUAACGUCCGAAUUUGCAAAACAACGCAGAAAAGCGAUAAAAGAAGAUCUUAAAGCGAGAACGGCAACAGUAAUGGCUGAGGCUGAAGAGGCUGGGAAAAACAUUCGCAAAGCCCAUCGAAGCUUCGCCAAUUACAAGGCCAAAAUGACUGCACUCCGACUCUCAGAUGGAACAGUUACAGCGUCCAGAAAGACGAUGGAGAAAAUCAUUUACGAAUACUACUCAGAUCUAUUCGAAAAACCACCGGUUCUCCAUUCCGAAAUCCGAUAUGCCAUCUCGUUACCUGAGGAACCUCUCGCCAGCCCUCGUAAACAUACUGGCUCGGCUCUUCACACGUUACUUGUCUGA